CUGAAUCGGUUCUAACGGAUCUCGAGUCAUCGACUCGCUGAAUCAAGAACAGACGUGUCGGGUGCAGAGUUGCCAGGCCUGCUGUUUUACCGCGAAUCCGAGCUGCUUGUAUACUCUUACCGCGAGCGAUUUUUUCGAGUUAAAACUAUCCCUCCCUUCUCCCUUCUUAAGCGUUUCCAAAUCGGGUGAAAACCGCGGAAAAACACCAUUAGGCUAGCCUUGAAUCGCACUUGUGCUCGUUUUCUUUCGCAAACCUGGCAACCCUGACUGUGAACCACUUCCGGAGCCGGACGUUCACGCGAGAUGUCCGACGGUUUCUUGAUGGAGGUGUGUGUGGACUCGGUUGAGUCCGCCAUCAGCGCAGAGCGGGGAGGUGCCGCUCGGGUGGAGCUCUGCUGUAGUCUGCUGGAGGGAGGACUGACGCCCAGCUCAGGCUUGUUGCAGGUGGUCAAGGAGAACGUGAGGAUCCCGGUGUAUGCCAUGAUCCGGCCCCGCGCCGGGGACUUCCUCUACUCCGACUGGGAGGUGGAGGUGAUGAAGAGAGACAUUGAGCAGAUGAAGAUUCACAGAGCAGAUGGGCUGGUGUUUGGAGCGCUGACGGAAGACGGCCGUGUAGACACCGAGCUCUGCAUGGAGCUGCUGGCGGCCAGUCGACCUUUGCCAGUCACGUUUCACAGAGCGUUCGAUAUGGUCCACGAUCCGGCGGUGGCGUUAGAGGCUCUGAUCUCGCUGGGCUUCGAGAGGAUUUUGACCAGCGGCUGUGACAGCUCUGCGCUGGAAGGUCUGCCCGUGAUUAAACGUCUGGUGGAGCAGGCAAAGGGCAGAAUAGUAAUAACGCCAGGAGGUGGAAUCACCGAGAGGAACCUUCAGAGGAUUCUAGAAGCUUCUGGAUCUCAGGAGUUCCACUGUUCUGCUCGCUCCAGCAAGGACUCCAGCAUGAAGUUUAGGAAUGGUAAUGUGAGUAUGGGAGGCUCUCUGUCCAACGAUGCACUAGAAUAUGCCGUAAAAGUGGCUGAUGUGACUAAAAACCAGACUCCGUUCUCCUCUGACACUCCUCCAGUUCAAUUUUAA